UUCGAACUGCAAACAACCAUGCUAGCGCUAAAACAAUCCCAAUGUCAAGUAACCCUGGAACGGGUUCCCAUCCAUGUGUCCAACCCAACCAACAAACGAGAAAUGCCGCACUCUCACCAAAUCUCCUCCCAUCAAUCGCCAUUUUCAACCUCUACUCUGCCGUCUCAGACACCCCCGGUUUCUGUCCAAUAAUUUUAUACAUUGCCGUAUAAACAUGAAUACUCCUCGUAUUCAAAUCUUUCCUCACCUUCGCCAACAGAACCUGCAACUCUUCAUAACUCCACUUCAGCACAUUCAUAUACAGCCUCAGGCUAAAGCCCUCGACCCCCUGGGUAACCGUCGCGUGAUAAUACGCCCCAGGAAUUUUCAUCCUUUACUUUUGGGCCACAGCCCGAUCGGCAGCUUGUAUUAUUUUAUCACUAUGAUCGUG